AAAAAGUAUUGUUUGUGUCCGAACGUGGUAAAAAAUUGUCAAAAAUAAUUUUUAAUUUCGCGAAAUUGUCGUUAUAAGUGACUUAGAAGAAAAUAAUGGAUCGUGUGAUUGCACUUUUAAUACUAGUUUUCACAAUCGCUGGAGUGCACAGUGAAAUUUAUUCAGAUGAAGAUUUCCAAAAGUUCCCAAAGCUCUUCCACUUGGAUGACUUCGAGCACUGCAUGGAGAGGACAGACGGCGUCUACUGUCUUGGCCAAUUCGAAAUCUACAGCGAUGCGCCAGCUAACCCACUUUAUGACUUAAUGAAGGAAAAGUCUCAAAGCCCGAAUGUGUUCAACCGCACGCUUCUGCACCGCGGGUACUGCCUGCCCAAACGUUGCUCAAAUACCGAAGCGAAUGUAACCGCACGCUUCGAGCGCUGCGUGGACACGUGGGCGCGCACGCUCGCGCUGCGCACGCGCUUGCAAAAGCUGCACUACUGCCGCGCGCAUGCGCAGCCGCGCCCGAAUGAACCCGACACGAAUGACCUCCCACAUCGCGUGUUCCUAUACUGCGUAUACGGUCUGCUCGCUAUGGCCGUCUUCGGAACCGUCUACGACUUAUUUUUGGCUAAAAGGGGCAAAAAAAAUCCUUUCCUGACGGCGUUUUCCAUUCGGAUCAACUGGCAACACCUAACAUCUAACUAUUACGACACAAACCCUCGUUUGAGAGAGCUGGAAGUUUUCCAUUUAAUAAGGUUUCUCUUGGGAUUCGGAUUGAUAAUGUGCCACGUGCUCAUAUUGACAACAGCAACCUAUCAGCACAACCCAAGAGCUAUGGAGAAGGUGCUGUUCUCUCCAUCCGGCUUCAUGAUAGGGUCAGCAAUGACCACUACGUUAUUGUUCCUAUUCAUGUCGAACUUCUUGGCGUCGUACAACUUGCUGAUGAUCUCUGAGAAGGUCAACUUCACUCUGAAGAUGUAUCCGUUACUUGUGCUCAAGCGAGUUAUUCGAAUGUAUCCAGUAUAUUUGCUGCUCAAUGGGUUCGCUGCGACCUGGUGGAGGAGCUUCGGUGACGGGCCCAUGUGGCCAGUCUUGCUGGGUGCUGAGAGUGAGAUCUGCAGGAAGAAGUUCUGGGUGACAGCUGUCUUUCUCCAGAAUUUCAUCAACAGAAAGGAACUUUGCCUCGUGCAGACUUGGAUCAUGGCAGUAGAUAUGCAAAUACACUUGCUAUCGUUGUUUUUGACGCUGGUGCUCAUGAAGCACCGAAAGCACGCGGUGAAAAUUCUCUCCGCUCUGUUUGUGUUGGCGACGGCCUUGUUGACAUGGUACACCUUCAAAUAUGACAUGAUUCCCACCUAUCUCUACAUGACACCCGAGGUAUACCGCAAUAUUUUUUUGGGUGCUGAUUCAUUCUUCGACCUCUACAUCAACCCGAUCAACGGCCUGAUGAUAUCCUUAGCCGGUGUGGCCAUAGCCUUCGUGCAAAAAGACCAUCACGAGCGUGGAGUAGAUAUAAGCAAGAAUAAGUUCCUGUUGAUUCUACAUUAUUUAUCAUUACCAGCAUUAUACCUAUGGUGGUAUCUAUCCUACGCCUACUUCAGGCACUUUGACCACUCAACUCAGAACGCCAUGGUAGUUAUAGAACGGCUGGUUACCACGGUGCUGCAGAGCUUCAUAGUAUAUUGCUUGAUAAAUAUUAAAGGGUUCUACCACAGCGUGUUCUCAUGGCGAGGGCUCCGAACAAUCACGAGGCUAUCCUUCUCAGUAUCCAUGUGCCAUUGGUGCAUCAACGUUUUGAUGCUGACCAACCGCUGGACUCUACAUGACUCCUCCCCGCUGGGUAUAAUCCUGGAUUUCAUCGGAGUGCACAUAUUAUCUCACAUCGUCGCUCUGCCCCUGACUUUGCUUGUAGAGUAUCCACUGCAAAAGUUCCUGGACAGAGCCAUCAACUUCAGUAUACGAUCAAAGGAAAAGUCACAGUGAUUCUUCAAUCCGCCUACAACGUCUACUAUAACUAUACAGGGUGUGCUAUUUUUAUUCUUGAUCAAAUGAAACAAAAAGGAUUUAUUGCACUGUCAAAUGCAACAACUUUACCAAGGAGCGAAGUUCCAAAUAUUUGAAAAAAUACCUUUUCAUACAAAUUAUGGUCAGCAAGCAGUCAUUUACAGGGACGUUUUUUUUACUUUUUUUUUAGAAUUUUAAUAAAUUGAUCCUGUAAGAAAAGUAGUCGUAUUAGAGUAGCAGAAUCAACCCUUUUUUUAUCAACCAUAAAAAUAACACACUCUGUAGUC